CUCGGCAUUCGGCAAUUUCCGUCGAAACAGCCGGUGGGUGUCAUUCAGCACAUUUCCCUUAGAAAUGAAACGUAAUUUACUCUCGGCGUAGAUUUCACUUUGCCAUCUAAUAUGGCAACAUAAUGGGAAUAAACGUUUCUGUUUGAACAAAUCAACUUGCCCUGUCUUUCUCACACUAUUUUGCAGACAGAAUUUGGAGUGAAGAUUCCGUUUAUGAUCGGUUAUGGAUGAUGAUGACAGCCCAGAUGAGCUGAUAAGGCGUGGCGUCCACAAAAAAAGAACUGCACCAUGGAACAUUUCCGACUCUGAUGAUGACAUUGAUGCGUCUGAAGAGGGAGAGUCAGAGAGCAGCGAUGAAGAUGACAGCGAUGAUAAUGAUGAAGAUGAUGAUUUGGACGGUGAGGAUAAAGAAGAAGACGCUAAAGCUGGUGAUGGAGUUUUAGGCGAGCCCUCCACAGCAAUUUCAACCAUGAGCUCAGACGAGGAUGCAGAUACAUGUCCCAUCUGCCUGAACACCUUCAGCAACCAACCUGUGGCAACACCAGAGAACUGUGAGCACUACUUUUGCGUCGACUGCAUCCUUGCUUGGUCUAAGAAUGCCAACUCAUGCCCUGUGGACCGUAUUACAUUCAACAGCAUAUACCUUAGGAAAUCUUAUGGCGGCAAAGUGCAGAAAAUGAUUACAGUAGAAAAAACAGUGAAGGAAGAUGAGGUGGAGACAGUGGAUUUGGACUUGGAACAGACCAACUGUGAGGUGUGUCACGGCAGUGAUCGAGAGGAUCGUCUUCUGCUCUGCGAUGGUUGUGACGCUGGCUACCACAUGGAAUGUCUCACGCCACCUCUGGACACCGUACCUGUUGAGGAAUGGUUCUGUCCUGAAUGUGUUGCUAAUAACAACUCAGGUUCAGCAGAAGAACAGAAUCAAACCCAAACGUUCCUAUCUACUGCUCAGCCAACCACCAGCCGUUCCCAGUCCCGAGCUGCAGGUCCAAUACGAGCCAUCGCCCGUACUCAGCACAGUGAGCGGGUUCGGGCCAAUGUGAAUCGACAUCGUAUCACACAGGCACGCACGUCGCAGCUGGCUCCAACAGACCAAAUCCAGUCUAAUUGGCUGGAUGAGACCAUCAAUGCAGUGGUUGCUGGGCUGAACACAGCUAUAUAUGUAAGGGACCUCACACCGUGUGCUCCAACCAGACGCAGGCGCAAGACUGGAACACGCCGAAAGGCCACAAAAAAGAAGGCGCUCUCUGUUAAGGGUAAAAAUGGUCAUUCAACAAAAGCUAGGAGGAAACGUAAAGGCAGGAGAACUACAUCCAAAAAGACACUGGUGGGGAAAAAGGUAGCGACUCCUCGAAGCCGCAUUGCCAAUAGUCUCGGACUGUCAAAGGACAAGAACAACUUUUCACUUCCUACUGUGUGUCGACCCUCAGAGCACACCCUAAGCAAUAUGCGUGCUGACAUAGGUGCUGCAUCCCUUUCAAUAUAUGGGGAUCCUUUUGAUCUGGAUCCUUUUGUAGAUCGUGAAGAGGAUGAGCAAGAAGAAAGCGUUUCGUCGUUGUUGGAGGCAAAGAGACGAGGGAUCUCACAUUCUGCUUUUCGCUCUCAUCAGCCUGUUGCUCGACCUGUCAGUAUGGGCAUGUCAAGGCAUGCUAUGGAUAUUCCCCAAACUGGAGGUGUUGUGGAGGCAGCACCAGUGCCCGACCUGCUGGGGAGCAUUCUUUCAGGGCAAAGCCUGCUCUUGAUGGACAGCUCUGAUGUCAUCAUUCGUCGUGAUGGUUAUCUUCAAGCCUCUCAAGCAGCUGCAAGUUCGUCGACAUUGAAGCCGGGAUUAAGAGAGCGCAGUAGCUCAGAGGAAUCCCGUGGUUUUGCCCAGCCAGUUGUUUCAGCCAGCCUAGGAGAAACUUAUUCAUCCAGACAUUUACCAGGACCCUCCCACAACAACUUUAACAGACCGCAUUCCAAGUAUUUCUCUCCAGUACCUUCAGAUGUCAGCCAUAUCCAGCCUCCUUAUAAUCCCAAUUUGUCAUCGAGAGGUCAUAAGUGUUUCCAGCCGCCUCUUAAAAACCGACUAUCAUCAUCGUUUGGUGUCCAGGCAACCAGCGGCGCUUCCCCACGUGGCGUCCCUUCAUCCUGUAGCGUUUCGGAACCAAGCUCUAAUAGCAAAACAACACUUCCAUUACAACGUCAACCUAUCAAAGCACCUACAAAGCCUGUGUGGGUAGAUGUGGACGUUCUGCCACGAAUACCAAAAAUCAAACGAGAUGCCACAAAUAGUAGCACUAACAAAAGCAAUAGUAAUUCUUCCUCCAGUAUGAAUACUUCUGGCAUGCCUGAGACGGCAUUGGUCAGCUUUGCUGGGGACCAAAACAGGCAGCAAGAUGUUGCCCAACAAAGCAACCCUGAGCGCCAGCCUCAAAAUCAAGGAGCUAGGUCCUCUUCAGCCUUCGCCAACUCAUUCUCUCUUUCCUCCUCCACUGCCUCUCCUUCUGCGUCACUCUACAAUCCAGCAGUGUCUUCCUCAUCUUCAUCAUCCGUCAGCUUCCGCAUUAACAUCAGCAGGAACUCGUGGCAUUCACGACGAGUCAUUCUCCCAUCAUCAUCUGCUAGUGGAAGUAGCACGCAGGCUGAAAGAGAGAAGAUGGAAGAGGCAAAGAAGAAACAAGAGCACGGAGAUAAACAGAAGCUGAUGGCAUCACACACAACUGCCAGUAACAAAAAAGAUGAGAAUGUCUAUGACCCCUUUAAUCCAACCGUGUCAGACGCAAGCAGUUCCGACAGUGAAGGUGAGAGCUUGGCUAGCAGCUUUCAUGGAUUUAAUUCGGUUCCCAGUCCAGCGUUCAGUCGCGAUGUAGCACAAAGUAAGCAGAAGCUGCUUCAAGUGAAAACUGAAACACCUGAGAGUGAAGUCGCACAGGAAGACUCGAGGAAUGCUCAUUUACAGACCUCUUCCCGGGUGGGCAGCCGCGCUUCAAGAGUUGUCAAAGUUGAAAAAGAAUCAGUACUGGUUAAAACUGAGAACCAAGCAGCAUUUAGUGACAUCGAGGUUAAGAGGCAAACAGGACUGGCUGAUUCAGGAAAAGACAACAUGUUUGGACACAGUGUGAAAAGUCGUUGCGGUUCAGAAACACCAGUCACGUUUUCGCCUCACAGCCGAGAGCAUUUAAAGAUCGAGGAGGCAAGUGGGCAGAGAGUCAUUACUUCCAAAAAUGUCCCCCAGAACAAGGUUGAUUCUUCAAGUUCUGGAUCAUGUUUUAUGAAGGCAAAACCAAAGGAAAAAAUCAAAUCUGAUCCCACGGCACCUGAAAAGAAAACUUCCACCACAACACUUCUAUAUCAGCAACAACACUUGACUUCAAGCAUCGUAGCAUCUGACAGAGACAAGACUAAGGACCAUCUUGUCUCCAAGCAAGGAGACCAGCUGAAGAAAAUAGACAAAGACAGAGAAAGACGGUCAAGGUCACGAGAGAGAAGGAUACAUUCAAUGUCGGAAAGUUCUCAGUCGAGUUCUCCCAAGACCACUGUAAAAAAACGACGACGGAGAUCAAGGUCUGGCUCCAGCUCAAGCACCGCAGAGCAUUCAAGCAGAAAAAAAUAUAAAGAAAGCAAUCAGGAAAGCAGCAACAGUGGCCAUGAGAAAAGAGGGGCGUCAAAUGAGAAGACACGUCAUCUACGCUCCAGAUCACGGUCCGGAGGUAGAACCAAGGACCAUAGACGUGGACGCUCCUGCUCAAAAUCCCCAUCAAAGUCACCAUACAGGUCCAGAUCGAAAGAAAGUAGGAAAGAACACACACACUCGUGUCAUGAGGAUGUGAAGUCUCGACCAAAAGACAAAAGGAGACCCCGGUCCAGCUCAAGCUCAAGAGAGAGAAGGAAAGUGGAUAGUUCAUCUGAAAAUCUAACAAAAAGUUCAGUGUCCUGUUUUUCAUCCUCAAAAUAUGACAAGGACCCCAAGGAAAGCCGUGUCCCACAAAGUUCUGGAAAAGAGGAAACAAUUCCAGAAGUAAAAAAACACGUGUCCAAAUGUACCUUUGUUGCAAAAGUUAAGAAGGAAGAUGAGAAUGCAGACAUUAUGGCCAUAUCUAAAGGAAUUAAGAAAGAAAGAAACAUUGUUAAAGAGGUAAAGAAAGAUAAGCAAGAAUUUAUAGAUAUGUUUCAACGUUCUCCCAUCCCUCCACAGUCAGAGAAAGAAGAUCGACCUUCAACAAUCCAAGAGAUAAAAAAAGAGCCUGUCAAGGUAGAAGUGUCUAAAACAAUGAAAACGGAAGAAACUUGUGAAAUCACUCGAAUCAAACCGGAGCCAGUGUCCGCAGAAUUGCCAGUCACCUCGCCUCACACCUCAGUCGGUCAGCAGGAGUCACCGAAGCACUUUCAGCCCAAUGGCAAGGGCCUCGCGAACCAGGCAAGCGCAAUCGAGUUGAAAGUCCCAAUGAAGCAGGCCCCAGAAUCUGAUGAGGGCAUCUCUGUGGAUAUGUUGCGUCACUGCCUUGACUGUGUGAAGCAAGAGCACGCCGAGGGCAUUGGUGCCAAAGUCAAACAGGAAGGGAAAAUUGAGGCACAACAUCUGCCAACUGCAUCUAAAAAUAAGAUUCAAGGGAAGAGGGUGACGUGGAAUAUACAAGUGCCUGAUGGAGCGCAACCAGACAAAUGUGCGAGCAAGCGGGCUUUGUAUAAAAAAAAGCUGAAGCAGGAAGCUACUCACAGACCCCCAUCCAUGACCAGCAGCCAGGACACAAGUGGACCUGGUUCAGUCAGUGAUUCAUCCAAGAGAGACGACGGCACUCUGCCAACCGGCAGCGGCUGUCAGGCGUAUUUGAAGAAACUUCACAUGCAGGAGCGAGCCAUUGAAGAGGUGAAACUAGCCAUCAAACCUUUCUACCAAAAGAGAGACAUCAACAAGGAGGAAUAUAAGGCGAUUCUACGCAAAGCUGUGCAGAAGGUGUGCCACAGCAAGAGUGGGGAAAUUAACCCGGUGAAGGUGGGCAAUCUGGUAAAGGCUUAUGUGGACAAAUACAAACAUGCUCGCAAACAUCAGAAAUCAGAGACGAAACCCACGAAGACGUCUUGACGGCCACUGGUUGAUGUUCCAUUCAACACAAAUUUACUCUGAGGUUUCAUUUCUUCACCUCGGUGGAUGAGCAAGGAUUUUGAUCUUUUGCUUCUAUGCGGGUCAAACGUUGUCUUUUUGUGCACAGCCGAAGUUGGUGCCUUGAAGAGACUUUUCUCUAAGUACGCCCUUUCUUGGCAGCCGUUAUGUUUUGUUAAUGGGAUAUUCAUUGGUGGCCAAAGCUGCUCUUUUGGUUAACAGGCAGUUUGUAAUUUGACGUGUUUAUCAUUGGGAAAAGUCACUGUUAUUAAAUCUUCAGAGAACAUGUCAAUAGUCUUAUUAGGAAGUUUGAUAUGAACAUGUAAAUAAUUUUGAUUUCAUUGUGACCACUGAACAGUUUCUUUCCGUAAACGCAGCCUGUUGCUAAUGUCUCAAUUUAAUAAAUGGAUUGAGAUUUUAUGACUUGAACAAA